CCAAAGAAGCAGCAGCGGCGAACACAAAGAAAACGACCAAGUACGUCAUGAAGACUUCUACCCCUCUCUUCCUCCUGACUCCCCCACCACCUCCCUCUCUCCCCUUCUUCGCAACCUCCACGCAGCGUCUCCUGUCCACAGUCCAGCUUCCACUUCUAGCCACCACCCGCUCCUCACCAUGGCCCAACCCCAAGCAUGCGGCAAUAACGAAAACGGCGAGAGGCCGAAGACCCCUUACAGCGACCUCGGCCGCCGACGACGACGACGUGGAGGCUGGCGCUGGCGACGACUACGACAUGGAAGAGGACGAGGUAGAGGAGCUCGACAACAAGAAGGACUACGAUGUCGAGUACGACCGCCUCCUAGGCUCCCCCAUCUCCGCACCCGCCACUGCCUCUGCCGCCGGCGCCGACUCAUCGCCGGAUGAUAUCGAGAUGGUCACCAGCGAGAGUUUCGUGUCCACCCAGGGUUGGGGUUCCGACACCGUUGUCGACUACCGCAUCAAUGAAGAGGAAUUCCACAAGAUCCGCCUCCUUCACUGUGACUUCUUCAUCCGGAAGCCUCCCGACCCCGAUCACAACGUCUAUGACUUUCGAGAGAUGUAUGUUACUCCUCCCGACACGGAUGUUUACUCGAUUCCGAAGGUCCUUGCGCCGAUGCCUCAGAAGUACAUCCGUUGCUCCAAAACUAAUUUUGGUUGCUACAACGUUAUGGAGCCACCGAUAGAUGCACCUCGAGAUCCAUUAUAUAAAACUGAGCGGGAGAUCCUGAAG